AUGAAACGUACCACGCAGAGACGACUGGAAGCGACAUAUCAGACACAGCUGUCAUCAAAUCUGGGAGCACCUAGACUUGAAACUUUACUCCCAGAUCGCCAUGUCACAGACAAGCUAGUGGCCUUGUACUUUUCGACCUUUGAAAGUACAUUUCGCAUUCUGCACGUUCCUCAAUUUUUAGCCGAAUAUGAGGAAUUCUGGAGCUCUGGGGCGAGCGCAUCGCCGAAUCUUUGGUCAAGGGAUGUAUUUGCUGCCAAGUUACUUAGCUUGAUGGCAUGCGCCGCCGAUGGAAUCACAACUGAGACAGAUACCCAAGUAUCAAACCAGACAACAAAAGGUUGGAUUCAGGCCGUUGGGUCCUGGGUCAAAACAGUGACUACAUAUGCAAAGCUCGAUCUCGACUUUAUCCAGGUCAUGUGUCUGCUGCUCAUUGCAAAACAAGCUAUAGCCUACGAAGGAGAUCUUGCCUGGCUUGCUGCUGGAUCCCUAGUCCGAGAAGCCAUGAUGAUAGGUCUUCACCGGGAUCCUGUCAACUUUAAGAGCGUGGCACCAUUUCAUGCUGAACUCCGACGCCGGCUUUGGGCGACAAUUGUUGAGCUGGAUCUUCAGGCUGCUCUUGAUACCGGUGUUCCUGCGGGGAUAUCAGAAGAUGAUUAUGACUGUGCUCCUCCGUCAAACUUGGAUGAUGAAGAUUUCACCGUCAGCUCAACUGAGAUACCUGCAUCCAAGCCGGCCUCUGCAUUCACCAGAACAUCCCUCCAGGUAUCCUUAGCCCAAACCUUGGGCCCUCGAAUCAGAAUAAUCAAGAUUGUGAACCAAGUUCGCUUGUCAUCGAAUUAUCAAGAAAUAUUGGACCUCAGCCACGUUAUUACGGCUCAUCUUUCACAGUCCCCAUUUGCCAUCAUAAAUAACCCAGAUGAUGAGGCACCCUCGAAAUUUCAGCAAUCGCUAUACCUCUUCCUCAUCUACCGAUACCUUCUGGCUCUGCAUCGACCUUUCGUUCUCAGUCUCGCCGAGACACGCAAUGAGAUGUACAGAUACUCGCGAGAAAUAUGCGUAAAAGCCUGUCUAUCUCUCCUAUCUCCCCUAACAAUGGCCCCUGGAUCAGAAAUUCCAGUAUAUCCUCACAUCCUCCGUCUCCGAGGCGGUAUGUUCCGAAGCGAGAUAUUCCAUGCAGCCGCAACACUCUGCUUCGAGCUUCGCCUACAAGUCAAAGACAACAAACUACCCCUUCUCCCCGGCUCUGUCGCAGAUACAGACCAGAAUAACAAUAAAAGUGAGCUCCUUCUACGUGUAGUGGAAAGCGCAAUAAAGUACUUCGAAUUCAAAGUCCGGACGGAAAAACAGGCUUGCAAAGCAUUUAUGCUUCUAAAUAUGGUCUAUACAUCCGCUCAAAGCGAGAUUCUAUCUGCAUCAGACAGGUCCCAAGCGAAUUCUGCCAUGAUAAGCGAUCUGACCUUGGAAAAUGCAUGCCCCCGUGCUGCCCGCCGGUGUCAGGAAUUGUUACUUGAGGGCGAAGGCAAGGCGGAUUGUCAACAUUCUGAAGAAAAUUGGCUUGGUUAUCCGGGUAAUCCUUUUUUGGUACGUGAAUUAUUGACUGGUGGCAGAUGUAUUCAUACCAGUCUACUAAUCUUGACUUAUGCAGAAUGA